AUGGAAGAGGCGGGAUUGAACGAACGGCAGCUCCUCCUCAAGAUAUGCGAAGCAGACCUCGAGACCGCGAGUGCCUCAUCGAAAGACGACCUGCUCCCACCACCAAAGUCAGAGCGGACCACCAUGUCAUCUUCUCACAGACAACAUCACCAUCGAGGAGGACGUAAACUGGGGCGUAUACUAUCUCGCUAUCUGCCGUUUCUAAAAUGGGUACCCGAGUACCAAUGGAAGUCGCUCCCAGGGGACUUUAUGGGCGCGUUGACGGUGGCUUCACUCUACGUGCCGCUCUCCAUCUCGUUCUCCCUCCUUGGACACGCCCAUCCUAUCAGCGGGUUGUACUCGUUCGUGAUCACCCCGCUUGUGUAUGCACUGCUGGGGUCUUGUCCCCUGAUGGUGGUCGGACCAGAGGCUCCAGGCUCCCUGCUUGUGGGAACAGUCGUCGCGCUCACGGAUCGAAGUAAUAAUGAAGGUGGUGGAGAGGAGGACCAGACGAUCAACGCCCAAGUGGCCGGUACCGUGACUGCCUUUACAGGGAUGGUGCUGUUCCUCACGGGCCUGAGCAGAUUGGGAUUUGUGGACUCUGUGCUCAGUCGACCUUUCAUGCGGGGGUUUAUUGGGGCUGUCGGGCUCAACGUUGUGAUACAGCAAACAGUCACAGGCCUGGGUCUUGGGAGCUUAGCAAAAGAAGACCCAAGCGUGUCUGGAGGAAGUCCUGCGAGAAAGCUUCUCUUCAUCCUGACCAACCUCAAGCAUACGCAUUUACUCACAGCCGUGGUUUCCAUCACGAGCUUUACAAUUGUCAUGCUGGUAAGACAUUUUCGAAGCUUUGUGGAGUUACGGUAUCCUAGAAUUGCAUACUUCCCGGAUAGAUUUGUGGUCGUUGCUUCCUCGACCUUCCUCACGUGGCUGUGUGGCUGGCAUACGCACGGCCUUGAGGUGCUGGGCCGUAUCCGAACACCAGAAAACCUGGGAAUACCAUUCCGUUGGCCGUUCACUUUUCACAACAUCGAGGACAACAUUUCGAAUCUCAUCACCACAGCGUUUGUGAUUGCUCUGUUGGGCCUGUUCGAGUCUUCCUUGACAGCUAGAAGUCUCAGAAAGGCCAGCACGGCGAACAAGGCGUCGGCAUCCAAUGUCCCUCUGGACUCCAACCAGGAACUCGUCGCGCUCGGCGUCGCCAACAUUGUCGGAGGUUGCUUUCUCGCCCUGCCUGGAUUUGGGGGCUAUGGCAGGAGUAAGCUCAACUUCUCGGUAGGCGGGAGGACACCCAUGAGCAACGUCCUGCUCAGCACCAUUACCUUGAUUUGCAUCCUCUUCGCCCUCCCGGCGUUCUACUACAUCCCAAGAGGCGUUCUAGCAGCCAUGAUCGCCAUCGUUGGAGUCUCCAUGAUUGAAGAAUGUCCCCACGAAGUUGUAUUCUUUGCAAAGAUACACGCGUGGCCUGAGUUGUCGCUCAUGGCGUCGGUCUUUGGGGCCACGAUCUUCCACUCCAUCACAUUGGGAAUGGCAUUGGGGCUCGCAUGGUCAGUUGUGGCUCUGGUUAUACGUCGAGGGUUCUGGCGGUCCACAGUGCGAAUCCGGGACUCGUCAACACAGACAUUGGAAGAUAGAGACCUCGCGCACAUUGCAGCGCUUUCGUCCAUGCGGACUCUGACCGUCACCGUCUCGGGACAUUUCACAUUUGCCAACUCGAGCGACCUGAAAGAUCGGUUAGAGGCACUCGAUCUCGAUCACGACUUAGCCAGAUCUGGACCUCUGCCUCCGACGAUACCCCAUCAUUCCCCUACAGGGGCAUCUCACCAAAAGCUGGAAACCGAGCAGACAGUACUCAUAUUCGACCUGCGUCAAUGCACCAGCGUCGACGGCUGUGCGAUCCAGGUCCUGACCGAGACUAUACAACAACACCACCACGCCGUCGAAGGCACGCGAAUCGUCAUCUGGAGACCCCUGCAACCUCAUCUCGCGGAUGAUAUCCAGAGGAAACUACACCUGAGCGGGGCUGUGACUUUGAUGAGCAACGAGGAGGAUGAUUUGACCUUUGCGACCACCUUGGAGGAGAUUCGGACGGUAUAUGCGGAGGCUGGGGCAGAGACGCCUCGUUCGGCAUCCGGGUUGGAAGAGUUGGAUAUGUAG